CGACGACGGUUCCACAAGAAGAGCCGUCACGGUUGCUCACAAUGCAAGAGGAAUCGGACAAAGUGUGAUGAGAAGAGGCCGCCGACCUGUGGACGUUGCAAGAGAAUAGGGUCCGCUUGUUCAUUAACGAGUCAAUCCCCUGCUCUCACAUUCAUCCCAUUUCAGCAGCCGACGGGCGGUCGAAUUGAUAAUGAAGCUGUGUUGGGGGAGCCUAGCCUGGCCUCGUUCAGUAGACCCGCUGGGGCGAGCAAUACUUCGUCACCGCCGACGACUACGUUCUCCUCACUAUCGUCGUCGUCGCCGUCAUCGUCCAACACCACCGGAUCCACAGCGAGAUCGGACCGAACGACGGCGCCGGAAAUGCAGUUGCUGUCGGUCUUGGAGCGAGACCGGUUACGGCUGAUGAACCACUACACCCUGCAUACGGCCAAAGCGAUGCUCGAGGUGACCCAUCCGGGGCACACGGAUCCCUCAAUCUGGUCCAAUCGGGUUCCGGAGCUCGCCUCCCAGUAUGACUUUCUCCAGUACGGGCUGUUGAGCAUCAGCGCCUUAGAUAUGGCUUUACAUGGCGUCUCCCGCCGCAAGGAGCACAUCAUUCUGGCGACCAAUCACUACGGUCUGGCAGUUGCCGCCGUCCGGCCAUAUCUAACCAACAACCAUCCAGGCCAGAACCCAGACACCGUCGGUGCGCUUUUUGCCUUCCAAUCCUUCGUGAUCGCUUAUGCCUUCAGGAUCCAAGUCUGCACCGAACAACCCGCCAGAAGCCCCAUCGAAACCAUACAUAAUAUUCUCGUUCUCUUGCACCGGUCCCCGCACAGCGUCGUAUUCCAGCACGAGGGUUCAUCGGCUCUUACCCCCUGGGUCUCCUUGUAUCCUCCGCCACCUUCGGAUCCAGACCGCAAGCUUCCCGCGGAGAUCGAGGCUGCGCUUGACGCCAUCCGGCGACGUCUCUCGGCAGCGGGUCUCCCGACGACCCACGCGACGAUGUAUACCUCAGCCCUUCAAACCUUGAGAACAGCCCUUCUCAUCGCGAUUGAGUAUCAUAACACGCAUAUGACGUAUGGAUACUUCCCAACGUGUGUGACCUCGGAGCUCUGGACCGAGGUCCAUGUAGGCGCGCCGGUGGCGCUCUGCGUCCUCGCGAAUUAUAUGGUCAUCUUGCAUUGGCGGAGCACCUGUGUCUGGUUUGGCACUCUCCCCAGAGAUGUCGUCCAUGCUACUCGUCAGAUUCUUUCAGCGGAGUGGCAUCCGUGCCUCGCCUGGGCUAUUUCGGAGACCGAGCGUGUGGGCGGCAACAAGGGACCGGCUGGUCUAUUAUGAGCAUAAUGUGGCGUCGAGACCGGGCUUGUGAGAAGCAAGAGGCUUGCUAGAGACAGAUUGGACUGUACUGCACUGUAAUGUGUAGACUUCCCAGCAUUGUAAC